AUGGGACAAGAUGAAGUUCCUCACAGAGUGCUGGAAGAGGACCGUCCUACCUCACCUUCAACCACCAGCUCCGUCGAGUCACCAGUAAUACACGCCUCACCAAUACCACAAACCCAUCCUAUCAACGAGAAACAAGAUGACGCCGUCUCUUCGUCUGUCGAGCCCUCGACAACUCAACCGCCACAAGAUCCCGAGAACCUAACCCGCCAACCAAGCGGCCCAGCCUACAGCGUCUUCUCGCCAUCCACAAAACGCUGGGUCACCCUCAUGGCCUCCGUCGCCUGCUUCGUGCCCCCCAUGUCCGCCAACAUCUACUACCCUGUCUUGGCCCCCAUCGCCGACGACCUUCACGUCACCGUCGCGCUGGUCAACCUGACGGUGACAUCUUACAUGGUCUUACAGGCCAUAUCGCCCACGAUAUUCGGCGACUUUGGCGACAUGGCCGGCCGACGCCCAGCAUUCCUCGUCGCCUUCGUAAUCUACCUGUUCGCCAACAUAGGUCUCGCGCUGCAGCGGAACUACGCCGCGCUCCUCGUGCUACGCAUGCUUCAGAGCGGCGGCAGCAGCGGCGCCAUCGCGCUCGGCUUCGCCAUGGUCGCCGACAUCUCCAUGAGCUCCGAGCGCGGCAAGUACAUGGGCCUCGUUGGCGCCGGCAUCAAUGUGGGCCCGACUAUCGGCCCCGUUCUCGGCGGCGUGCUGACGCAGUACUUUGGCUGGGCUUCCAUCUUCUGGUUCUGCGUUGUGCUCAUCGGGCUCUGGCUCGUGCCGUUCGCACUCUUCAUCCCCGAGACGUGCCGGAACGUCGUGGGCAACGGGUCUAUCCCGGCGCAGGCCUGGAACCGGCCUGUUCUGGACCUGGUCCGCCAACGUCGUACGGCCGCGGGUAAAACCUCUGGGGACGACGAAGGGCUUUCGAGGAGUGACUCGGUCCCGGGCCAACCGAAGAGGAAGCUACGGUUCCCGAAUCCGCUUCGCGCCGUCAAGAUCAUCUUUGAAAAGGAGAUGGCGGUGAUCCUCCUGUACAACUCGCUGCUUUACGUCGCGUUCAUCGAUGUGGCAGCUACGCUCGGCACCCUUUUCCGAGAGAUCUACGGCUUCAACGACCUUCAACUGGGGCUCUGCUACCUCCCCUACGGCGCGGGGUGCUGCAUCGCGAGUCUGGGCCAGGGAUACGUGCUCGACUGGAAUUACCGCCGCAUAGCCCGGAAGAUAGGUUUCACCAUCGACCGCCGCCGGGGCGACGACUUGAGCAAGUUCCCCAUCGAGAAGGCCCGUCUGCAGCCGGUGUAUCCUGCGGUUGCCGUCGGCCUCGUGACGCUGGUGGCGUACGGCUGGGUGCUGCACGUCGAGACAAGCGUCGCGGCGCCGCUGGUGCUGCAGUGCAUCAUCGGCAUCACCAUCACGGGUUCGUUCAGCGUCAUGAACACCCUGAUCGUGGACCUGUAUCCAGAGGCCCCGGCAACGGCCACGGCGGCCAAUAAUCUCAUCCGGUGUACCAUGGGGGCCGUGGGAACGGCUGUUAUCGAGUACAUGAUCCAAGGCAUGGGCAGGGGGUGGUGCUUCACGUUCAUCGCGGCCUUGUGCGCGGUGCUCAGUCCGAUGUUGUUUUGGAUUGUGAAGAAGGGCCCCAGCUGGAGGAAUGAGAGGCGGCUAAGAGAGGAGCCUUCGUGA